ACCAGACACAUCCUAGCACUGAGCACCCAAUCGAUUGCCACACCUCAGACAGCACCCAUGCCUACAGCGGUACCCAAGCCUGGUGGCUCUCAAUCGCCGCCGGAGCAAGCAGCUCAUCCCACACGGCUGCCCACCGCCUCGUCGUCGCUGCGGGUACAGCUCCCCCCUUCAUCCUUCCUCAGUGCCUUUGGGAACAACGAAGCCUCCUCGACCUCUCAGCUCAGUAGGUCUAGGCCAGAUCAGAGAGCUCGGAGAUCCUCCGGAGGUUCUGGUACUGCUACACCAGCAGCAGCAGGGUCAUCCUCUUCAUCCUCAAGACCUGCUGGCGUGCCGCCCCCUCCUCAGACGAGCGAUGCAUCGCUGCUGGCCCAGGGCAUCCUUGAACAGCAAAGGAAGGCAAAGGAGAUCUUGACUUGGCAAGAGAAGUUGAUGGAGGACAGGCAGAUCUCCAGGGAGGAGCUCAAGAAAGGGCUCACCCGCCUUUCAAUUCCGUACUGGCUGCAAAUACUCCAAGAGAGGUCCAUCUACAACCUCUGCGGCUAUCCAACAUGUCGGAAUCGAUUGUCGUCGUCCGGCCCUGCCACCACUAAUCCGACACCUCGCUUCCGGAUCAGUGUCUCUCGCCGUGCCAUUGAACGAGACACGUCCGACGAGCCAGGCGGACGCAACAAUUUCUGUUCUGCCACCUGUCAUGCCCGGUCCGAAUGGGUCCGACGAUGGGUCUUGAAUCCAUCCUCUUCCGUAGGCGACGCUGAUUCGGCUAGUGCGAGAGGAAGGGACCCGGUCUUGGCUGACCCUGUGGCAGAACAGAUGCGGAGGAUCGGGCAAGAGCAGGCUUUGCAGGGUGGCAAGUGGGAGGCUCUGAUGAGCAGAAGAGAGGAUCAGUGGAGCGAGAUCGAGCUUUUGGAGGAUCUGGAGGACCAGGGGGAGCUCGAUGGUUGGGAGGGCUUUGGAAGCACUAGCGGCGCAACACAGCCAGGAGCGCUGUCCAAGGAGGAGGAUAAAAUGCACAAGAGCACACCUCCUACACCAACGACUGCAGCGAACACAUCUACAGCCGCACCAAAGAACACUGCCGCUUCUCGUCUCGGCCCUCUAACAAUCUCCGAGCGCGAUCCCUCCUCAUCCGCAAGCACCUCUGCUGCCUCUCACCCUCCAGCAAGCAAAGAUACGCCUCUCCCACGUCGAUUCCACGGCUCUACAAGCCGGGCUAGAUUAUCCGCAUCCGCACAGGCAGCAGCUACAGACGAGGACUUGGACUCCUUUUUCGACCUGGGCUCAUCCGCAGCGCUCAAGCGCUCCAUCCAGGAUGUUUCGAGCAGGCUUAAUGCGACGCGAUUGGAUAGCCUACCUGUAGCUACUGCCGGUGGUGGUACCGGCGGUGUGGAUGGUGAAGAGGAGGGAGUGGACGAGGAGGAAGAGGAGGAAGGAGAGGCCGUCUCUGGGGAAGAGGACGAAGGGAUGGACGAGGAGACGCGCCGGGCUCGAAAGGAUGAAAGACGUAUGCUGAAAGAGGCUCUGCAGCUCCGGGACGAGAUGAGGGAGAGAGGCGAGCUGGACUGAGGACUGACCAAAGACAGCGGACAGCGGACAGCGGACAGCGCUACUGUGUUGCAGUACGCCUUUUGGCUGAUGGAAGAUACCCCUUGUACGACGUAGCAAUAUCAUCACUAUCGCGCAUUGCAGAGACGCAAAAUUGUUGUGACAUGGUGCGUAGUAGCAUUACAAAGCC